AGGUGAGAGUUACAGGGAAUAGGUUAGAGUGGAAAUGUGUGUUUGGAGUGAGGUAAUAUUGGGGUCUGCAUACAGAAGUGUUCAAAGUAAACAGGCAAAUUUUUUACCUCCCCAAAUGUCAAUGUUGACAAUGUUCCCUAUAUAAGCAGACUGUAUCUUGUUGUUGACUAAUGAGAAUACUUCGUGUCCAACUUGACUGACCACGACACUAGAUCGUUUCUUAAAGCUUGCUGCUUUUCAAUGUAAUAUAAGAAUACACAAUAAGCAGGAAAUUGAUAUAUCAAAAAAAGUUUCCAGUUCCAUUCAACAUGAUCAAUAAAAGCGGUUGUUUAACUAUUUUUAUAGUUUUUUGCUAUUUGGCCAAUGUUGGAGUAUUUUCCUUUCAUUAUCGCAGUGGUAAACCACUGUUCCCCUGGUGUCUUGAUGUAUCAAGGCCUUACUGCGGAAUUCGCUGUCCCCUCAGUGGAUUUGAUACAGAUGGACGAACUGGAUGUCCGACCUGUCGCUGUCGAAAUCGUUGCGAGGAAGUUACGUGUAACCCUGGAUAUACGUGCCAGGUAAAAGUAGGCUCAAAAAAAUGUCCUUCAGGCUUGUGCAAGACGGAGGUGGCGAAAUGUGUUCCUGCCGGAAGUCUCGGUAAGGUGGAGAAUAUUUGUGAAGCCGGUACACCGAAUGGCUAUUGUUUUGGUAAGGUUUCACCCGUCGUCAACUGUAUUGGCAAUUAUAAAUGCGUCAUUCAUCCGAGCAACAACUACGGGCUUUGUUGCCUGAAACCCUCUGCAACCACGUUCAGCAAUGUCCCAUUAUGUGAACAACCCACAAAAGUGGGACUAUGUCGCGCCAGAAUGCUGCGGUAUUUCUUCAACAGCCAAUCAGGCCAUUGUGAAAUAUUUUCAUAUUCUGGUUGUCAAGGAAACGAGAAUAAUUUCGAAACUAAAGAAGAAUGCGAACAAUCUUGCCGUAAUUAUUGUGAAAUGCGGGCGGAGCCUGGUUUCUGUUUGGCUAAAAUUACCAGAUAUUAUUACGACCGAAUUUCUGGAACAUGUCGUAUGUUCCAUUAUGGUGGAUGCGGUGGCAACGGUAAUAACUUCUAUACGAAGAGAGAUUGCCUCAAUUACUGUUCUUCAAGAAGACCUGCAUAUGGUUAUCAAACUCGCAAUUGAAAAUCUAAUCAAUGUAAUUCAAACUAAACAUGAAUAUUUGAUAACUUCGAUUUACUUGAAUUUUCCAUAAGCAUAUUAUUAUUAUUAUUUGUAUUACUUCUUUGCGCUUUUUAAUACUCUGAAGUAAAUUUUUAUAUCCAUCUUUCAAUGUCCAUUUGUAUAUCUUUUGUAUUAUUAAAAACAAUCGAUAUUACUGA